CAUAGCGUAACAUCAACUCGACAUAACUGAACACAUAUCCUAGCAACCCGGAGGUAUGUCGGUAACCUGAGCAAUGCGUAGAUUGUUGAUUUUGUUGUAUUGUGCAGGAAAAAAACUGAUAGAUUGUGUAAACUAGGGGAAUUUUUAAAUACUAAUCUUUGGUGAUUAUCCAAUGGCCGAACGCAAUGUUGAACUGCAGACUACGUUAGUUCGUUACAACAAUCCGGUGCUUGUAAUUAAACAUACAGAAAAGAAGGAAACACCGCCCGAUGCUUCAAAGGAGCAGCUUGGCCGUCCCGGAUCGGGCGGGGCUGUGGUUCUGGAGAGUCCACGGGAAACAGAAGAAAUCUUGAACUGUAUUUUACCGCCUAAAUACUGGGAAGAGGAGGGUCAACUGUGGACACAGACCGUUUCCAGUACACCUGCCACACGACAGGAUGUGAUCAAUCUCCAGGAGAUGCUCGAUACUAGAUUGCAGCAAACUCAAGCUCGUGAAACGGGAAUCUGUCCCGUCCGGAGAGAACUGUACACCCAGUGUUUCGAUGAACUGAUUCGGCAGGUUACCAUUAACUGUACCGAACGGGGAUUGCUAUUACUGAGAGUACGAGAUGAGAUUGCAAUGUCGAUGGAAGCUUACGAAACCCUGUACUGUAGCUCGGUUUCAUUCGGUAUUCGAAAGGCCCUCCAAGCUCAAGAGGGAAAAGAAAAACUACAGGAAAGAAUUCUACUGCUGGAGAAGGAGAAGGAUACACUCGAAAGCUCCAUAAGCGACAUGACCAUUAAGGCUGAUCAAGCAGAAAGAAGGAAUGCUGAAUUGAGAGCAUCGGAAGAGAAGAAACAUGCGGAGGAAAUUGCGUUCCUGAAAAAGACCAACUCACAAUUGAAGGCACAACUAGAAGGAAUUAUCGCUCCGAAGAAAUAAAGAUACACAACCCUUCAUAGAAAAUUAGCCAUACCAAAAUCUCACUUUUAUUUAACUAACUGAAGAAAUGCAAUUGUUUUCAACAACUUCAUUGUAGG